GCUUAAUAAAGUCACCAUUCUAAGACACCUCAAGAUGGGACUCGAAGUCGGAACCUUUAGCAUUUUAGGCGAAUGCUUUAACCAUUGAGUUACUCGAUACUCAACAGGAUUGACGAAUUUCUCAAGCAGUUAUUACUUUUGCUAAUAGUGAGCGUAUUUUCAUAUUGUUUAGGCUUAAUAUUUUAAAUUUUCUAUAAGAUGAAAAUUUGUUGUAAUUUGAUGAAUUUUGCAUCGAUAAUGCUUAAUUGAUAAAUAUCUUUUUAAAGUAAAAUUGAUCAAAUAAACUGCUUGAGAUAUUCGACAGUCCUGUUGAGUUUGGAGUAGCUGAAUGGUUAGAGCAAUCGCCUUGGAUUGCGAAAGGUUGUGGAGUGCCUGGGAUUGUCGUUUUUAAUGCAUAAUACAUAUUAAAAAGUAGAUCUUAAAUUUUCUAAUAAGCUAGUGGUAUAGUGUCCAGUGUAAAUAUAUUGAGUGAUAUUUCAGGCAUAUAUUCGAGUUGGUAGUGACGCGCAAGAAUCUCUGGCUGAAGAUGAACGAAUUGGAAGCGCGCGCGUCUGAACCAGGGCGUUAUCACAACCGCGGCGGGCAACUGUUGCGUGAGGAACGAGAACGAAAAGCCAUCGCUAGUAAUUUGCCGAAAAUAGAGGCGCAGCUUAGAGAGCUUGUGACUGAAUACGAGGCGAAAACGGGAUCUACCUUUACUGUGGAUGGCAAAUCGUUGCUACAAGUUAUCGAAGAGGAUUGGGAGAAUAGGAAAACGGAACGUCAGAACAAACUGUCCGCCCGCAAGCAAGCACUGACGCCGGUGACACCGGUGCUGCGCUCGCUGGCCAUCUCCCCGCUCGGUAAGCGCAACCGCACCGCCGCCGGCCUAGCGCACACGCAGGACAGGAACAGGCCUACCAAGAGGCAGCUGAUCACCGGCAGCGCGACGAAGGCGGUCACUACAUUCUCUAACAACCUCUCCGCUCUCAAAAGAUCUGCCAUAUCUACCGUCAAAAGGCGUAUAAGCGGGCGGUUAGCGGCUCGCGCGGUGGCGGAGGGUAAACCGGAACUAGCUAAGAGAAAACUCGAGUAUGGCUCUACUGGGAGAACACCAAAGACAGUCAACGGCAGUAUACUCAAGCAUAAGCGAACGUCCGCCGGUAAACGUAAAAGCAGCAGCCGUCGUUCAACCAAUGGCACACGUUCCAGCAUGUCGCAAGACAACGAUCCGCCUAAGAACCCUCUAAUGGAGACCACUUUACUCACCACAUACACUGAUUUUAAGGACGGCAUCAACGAGAAACAGAUCAGCCGCAGCUCAAUGGCUAACACGAAACCGCCGGAAUCAGUUCUACCAACUAUAGUGUACACAACCAUCGAAGAAAAGAGGACGCCAACUACGCCGAAAAAAUCCCAAAAACAUCCCACACCCCUCACCCCUAAAGUGGGCAAAGAGAACAUACAAGUGACCAACUUUCCAGCGACGCCAAAGUCUAAUUUACUCAGUACCCCAACUAGAUUAACCCGGUCAGCUUUCAAGCUGAAUAAUAAUGGAUUCGCUACGCCGCGUGCGCCGCUCACUGCCAGCAAAGUUAAUCUACAGCGUCAGAACACCGCCACUAGCAUCACAGUGAAGACUACGCCUAAUAACGUGAGUCGUUCAAAAUCGCACACGCAUUUAGUUCGAGUCAAGAAUCUGCCGCCUCUUAUUUAAAUGUUUAUUUUGUUAUAAUGUAGGUUCGUUUCUUAAAUUUUAAAGCACAAUUUUUUAUUUGAGAUAGGUUCGUUUCAUCUGAACACUGAUUGGCAUCUCUAAUAAUUCAUCAUGUUCGUUCUUUAUCCAUGAAGCUUAGUAACAGUGCAUCUACAUGCGAUUUAGUAUUGUUUUCUAUACUGUUUUGGGAUUACAACAGACCAAUUUUCAUAUAAAAUUUAUACUGCUGUAGAAAUCGAGUUUCGUUUGCAUAAACUGCUACUAAGGUUCAGGAGGCUUUCUUGUGAGUUGUGUAUCUGUUUUUAUGCUUAUUCAGUAAAAAAAAUUUUUUAAGUAUAUUUUAAAUAUUGUGCAAUCGGUGUAUUCCUUAUUGCAAAAUAUCGGUUGGCUUGAAUAAAUUCGAACGACUAAUGUUGCCAUAUCAUUGAAUUUCAUUUUUUUAUUAUGUUCGUUUGAAAUGAUGUUUUGUUCUCAAUAAAGUUUUAUCUAACUUGUAAAAAUAACACUUGUCUAAAUGGGGCCUACAAUGUAUUUUUAUAAAUUGUUUCAAUAUAUCAAUUUAACAAAGAGCUAUAAUUUGACAUAAACAAUUUAAUUUAGUUAACGGAGUUAAAGUCUAUUAUAAUUACAUUGAUUUUAGGAGCUCAUGACUACUAUAAUAUAAUGAAAUUAAUAGUGUUUAAAUAAAGGAGUUUAUCCAUUAUUAAUUAGCUUUCCUGAAUAUUAUAUGCUGAUCAGCUGUUUAUAGCUCCUUAAGCAUUUAUUAACAUAAUUACGUGAGCUUUGUGAUAUAUAGGUAUCUUAGAUAAUAUUAUUAUAAUUGAGUGAUAUUUUUAAUUAUUGUAACUGACAAGACCCAUUUUCAAUUUAUAAUUGCUACAAUUUUUUAUUAUUAUUCAAUGCUCAAUUAUUAAUUUUAUUAUGACAUUUGAUAUUGAAAACCUUUUAAUAAAACAUUCAAUGUACAUUUGAAUCUCUACAAAGUUUUUAAUUUAAGUUCGUUUGUUGAUAGUUUAUGAGUAGUUUGAUAAGUUUCUUUGUAAUAUUAUUAUAGCAAUUUGAGAGUAUCAGAAUAUUGUUUCGUUUUAUAUUAGUUUUGAUUGCAGCGCUUAUGUGACGUUAUGUUUUGUAUUACAGCCACGUUGAUCGUGUAUACGCAUGACAUUAAUAAAAUAAACGAAAUAUUAUUAUCACUGAGACAAUGACUUUGGCAGCUUUUCAAUGUCAUACAGAGAUGUACUUAAUCAAAUCAGUAUUGCCAACAUAAAAAAUAAUAUCGUUAAUCACAUUUCAGUGGCGUGUUGUGGUCGUUUCUUUAUUAUAUUUGUCACUAAUUUAAUUUUAAUUUCUUAUUUUUAAUUGUAAAUUAUGGUUGUAAUAUAUUUGCAUAGUUUAUAUAAUGAGUUUUUAUUUCU